CUUAAACAGUAGAUUUUGGCUUAGUUAGGUAUUAUAUUAAAUAUUAUUUGUCAAAAAUCCAAAUGAUUAGUCUUAUAAUAACGUGUAGAACAGACCUAAUAUCCACAUAACCCAAAACCAAGCAUUUUAGUAAUCUGUGGUAAUAUGUGACAAAUCAAUUCGAUACUUCGCUCUACCAUACGGAAAUCAUUUCAUUUUCAGUAGGCAAUUUACUUUGUUUAGCAGAAAUACAAUAACACAACAACAACAAUGGAAAUGGAUAAAGAGGAAGGAGAAAUGAGUGACGAUCCGAUGCUAGGGGAUGAAGAUAAUGAUUGUAUUCCAGAAGAAGACGUAAAGCCUACACUGCUUUAUAAGGCAGAAAAGGAAGGAUUAAUCAUCACACAACUAGAAAAAAUAGACGCAAAGAAGUUAGAAGAGAGAGCAAAAAGAUUUGGGUUGAAUCUCUCAGGAAACAGACUAGUAACACAAAAGCAAAUUGAUGAGCUGUACCGUAAUUUUGGAAUAGAAAGUGGAAAUGAACGACAUUUUCGCUUUGAUGCACUACAUUUAAAUGGAGUUGCUGGGCUUAAGGAAAAAGAUAUAUUUGAGUAUCUUGCAGAUUAUAAGCCAGUCAGCCUUGAAUGGAUUGAUGAAAAUUCAUGUAACAUAGUCUGUCAAGAUCAUAUAUCAGCUGCAUUGGCAUUGUUAGUGCAUUCACGGGAAAUAAAAAAUGAAGAUUUAAAAGAUAUGCUCAAGAAAUCGUCACAUCACUGGAGGGAAGGUGUUCCACACCCUAAAAAGGACCUGAUAUUGAUGCGUUUUGCUACAAAUGGAGAUAAGAAAUUACCAAAAAAGGUGCCAGAAAGGAAAGCACCAGAAGGGUAUUAUGAUGAAAUUUUGGAUCCACCAACUAAAAACCCCUGGGGAGAUUUAUGUAAAUCUUGGGGUGUGUAUGACAACCAGGAAGUUAUUCAGCACAGAUUACCCAAAAAUGAUUAUGAAGAUGAAAUUGAGGAACCUGUGCCAAAAGUACAAAUCAGAAACAAGAGACUAGCCAUGCGCCUUGGCAAAAGACAUCAUAACAAUGUUGAAGAGCAAGAUGAAGAUAGUGAUUCUGAUACAGAGUGGAAAAAGAAGUCUAAGGCCCCUAGAAUGAGGAUGCAUGCUGAUGAUGAAGAAUCUAAGCAGAAUAAGAAAAGACAAGCAAUGGAAUUGACUAAAGCUAUUGCUGAUAAAGAUGUUUAUGCUCCUCUGUCCAUAGAAGUGGUAAAUUCAAGAAGUAAUUAUACACCAAGAGAAUCAGUACUGUUGUCAGAUAAAUUCAAGUACCACAAUAAAACAACUACAAAUAAAGCUAGAAACAAUGUCCAGUCUAGAUUAGGUGCAAAAAUUCUGCAUGAAGAUGUACCAUCAUCAAGUGAUGAGUACUCAUACUCUUCCGAUGAAUCUGACCAUAACACAAUGAGUAGAGUUCAAAAAAUGUCUACUGCAAAGAGUUCUUCCAGUGUAUGGUCAAGACUAGAGUCCAAGCCUACCAAUGCAAGUGAUCACAAUGAUUUGAGACAGAUACUAAAGUCAAAAAAGCACUCUACUACUAAGACAGAUGAUUUAAGGGAUAGAAUUAGUAAAUACAAAAGAGCACCCUUACGGAUUGAAAUAGACAAUAAAUAGGGAAUGAUCACUUACAAGGAAAGGUACCCAACUGUCCGGUUCCAAUUUGAUUUAUAUUUAUAUAAGUUAUAGAGUAUUUUUUUUAGCUGCCCAAACUCAACUUAUUGGGAGAGCUAAAAAAAACUACUCUAUAACUUAUAUAAAUAUAAAUCAAAUUGGAACCGGACAGUUGGGUACCUUUCCUUGUUAGUUAUUUGUUGCAAUGAUUGGCGAGGCCAAGGGAAUGAUCACUUAGUUAAUUGUUGGAAUGAUUGGCGAGGCCACGGCCACGCGAAUACUGGCUCAGAUACUUGGAGAGGAGAGAGGAUGAGGGAGAAGAGUCAGGCCCUUUUCAAGAACAUUUUCUGUUUUCUAUUGGAAACAUUCAUUAAUGGGACACAACUCUAUGAGGGAGGGAUGAUUUUAAUGUGAAGAGAAUGUAUAGAGUGCUUGGAUAUUCAAACUGGAUGUUUCAUCUUCGUCAGGGGUCUGCAAGAACGGCGGCUCUUUGAAGGUUCAACUGUGGCUCAAUUAACACUUCAUAGUUCUUGGAUCACUGACAUCAACACUAGUGGGUCUUUGAGCUGCUAUUAUUGCAGAUUUUUACCAACCCCUGAUCUAGACCAUUUCGUUGAGGCUCGAAACUAAGCUUGAAUGAUGUCACGCUGGAUUGCAGUGUCUUUCUGGAUGGUGAUUCUCUUGAAAGAAGUUGUGAUGUUGUAUUCCCUUGAAUGCAGCUUGAGCUACUUUCAAGAGAAUCACCACAGAAAGUUGCAAAAUUAUUAUUACGUCAUUCAAGAUUAUUUUGCGCCUCAACGUCGGUUUUUGGUCGGGUUUAUAAGAAACCAAAUAACUGUAAUGGCCUGAUUGUGUUAAUGUCCGACUUACUUACAAUAUUUGUACUUGCACUAGAACAGCAUAGUUGCUAGUAGAUGUUUGGAUGGAUGAACAUAUACACAAUUACUCGCUUCGCUUAUUGUGUUGCCACCUUGUAAAGCUCUUUGUUGUGAAGUGUCAAUGGUUGUCUCAUUCAUAUGAUACGAAAAAGAAGAAACCUAUUUAUCUACACUGCGACCAUGGGGCAACCGUGAAUUACAUUGUUCUAUGGAGUUGCAGAUCGUCAUCCUCUUUGAGUGCUGACCCAGCAUAAUUUUAGUUAAUUGGAGUAUUUCUACUGUAUUUUGUAUUUUAAUUAUGAAAUUAGAUUAAUGUCUAGGUUACUUGUUUACCUCAUAUUUUGCGUCGGUCCUAUUCUAUUGAAUACCUGACUUCUUAAUUCUUAUUUGAAUUACAUAAAUCAAAAGUGUAUUGUCAAAAUAAAUCUUUUAAUGAAAAUUCUUACGAAUCUUAUGAUCAAUGUACGAUUACAUUAUGCAGGUUAGAGUCAAAGUAAAAGAGAUAAUGUAGUAAAUAAAUCUUUAUUUUGCAUAUUUGAAAUAUAAGUGCAUUGAUACAAACAGAAUGUUAAUAAUUAAGGAUAAUAAAAAACGUGACCAUCUCA